GCUAUUCGUCGCGAAAAAAACACACCAUGACAUAGAAUCCGUAGAUCCUUUUCCAGUUUUUGCUGUUUUGUAUUGGAUAGACUGAAUUUCUCUACUGGCAUAAGAAUAUAUUCCAGCAAUAGCCUGACGAAAUACGGUCACAUACUCGCUGACAACCUGUUACGAACACAUCCAGGCCACUGUCACGGCUACAGCGUUGAAGCAGUCUCCCAGCAUGGCGCCCUCAGUUUCUAACGCUGGUAUUACGACAGAUGAAACCAGUGGUGAACGACAUAUCCCAUCAUCAACUAGAGCUGACGGAAGCACACGAAAGGCCAUCAGAGUUCGCCCUGGCUACAGACCACCAGAAGAUGUCGAAUUAUAUAGAGCCCGUAAUGCGGUAGCUCGGCGCGAGCGAAAUAGAGAAGCUGGUGUUCCUGGUGCUUCAACGAUAUCAACGAUACCCCCACCUACUAGCAGCCGACCAAUUCCAAGAGAAUCCACCCCAAAGCAAUCUGGCGCGCAGUCAGCAAACUGGCGACAACGGACUGAUCGCACCGAGCCUACAAAGCAGAUAGGAGUUGACAAGGACGCCAAAACACCAGCUAAAGGGGAUACUCCCAAAACUCUGGAUACCAAGUCAGAUACCAAGGAAACUGUUACAGAAGUUACUAAGGAUCCUGUGGUGGAUCCCGAGGUUGAACGUGAGAAGAAGGCAAGAAACCUGAAGAAGAAGCUCAAGCAGGCAAAGGAGCUGCAGACAAAGAAGGAGAAUGGCGAAGGCCUGCUACCGGAGCAGAUCGCCAAAGUUAUUAAGAUUAAUGAGCUGGUACGGGAGCUCAGUCUACUUGGAUUUAGCGAGGGUGAUACUGCCCCCCCAAAGGAUGAAGGCACCAACAAACCCGAGACGAAAUAAACACCACUCUGCUUACCGUU